AUGCCCAAGUUAGAACAAUUUGAGAUCAAAAAGUAUUGGCAAAUCUUCUCAGGUUUGAAACCAAUAGAUAAUAAGGUAAAUCAUGACCAGGUCUUACCAAUCCUUUACAAUUCUAAGUUGGAUUCAUCGGUUCUCAAUAAGAUUUGGUUUCUAGCCGAUAUUGAUGACGAUGACAAUUUGGAUUUUGAGGAAUUUGUUAUUUGCAUGAGAUUAAUUUUUGACAUGGUUAAUAAGAACAUCAGUUCUGUCCCAGAUGAAUUGCCUGAUUGGUUGGUUCCCGGGAGUAAGGUAAAUUUAAUCAAAGAGAGGAGAAAGCGUGAACAAAUGGAAAAUGCAGAUUUUCCCCCAAAGAAAGAAAUCAAAGUUGACUGGUACAUGUCACCAGAGGAUCUUAAUCAAUACGAAAAAAUUUAUAUGGGCUGUGUAAAACUAACCGAUGGUACUAUAACAUUCAACGAACUAUCCACGAAUCUUUCAACAAAAUUUUUCAACAUCAGUAAAACUGAUAUGAAUAAAGUUUGGUGCCUAAUCAAUCCUCAAAAUUUACCAUCAAUUGAUAAAGAUCCUACAUUUUACUUUAUCCAUUGUUUGAGACAACGAAAUGAUCUGGGCGCUGAAAUACCAGCAAACUUACCGAUUUCUUUAGCAGAAGUGUGCAAUAAAAAACAGGUGAGUUAUGACCUAGGGUCUUCACAACCGGGUGCAAAGAGAAAAGACCAAAUAAGGGAAGUGGACAAUCUAAAUGAUAAUGUGUCAAAGUCGAACGCUGAUGGCAGUAGCAACAAUGUUUUUGUAAAUGAUAACGAUGUAAAGCAAAAAUAUGCCUCCCUCACAGAUGUUCAAAUCGCCAACAUGAGAGAACAGUUAGAAGGCCUUUUAAAUUACAAAAAAAAUGAAAAAAGUCAAGGGGUCUCAAAUACUUCUAAAAGUUUUAAUAUUAAUUCAAUAACCGACGACUUGGAUAAUAUCGAACAGCAAGUUGAAGUCUUGGAGAAUUACUUGAACAACAAGAAACACGAAUUACAAGCCUUGCAAGCAGAAAUCAAUUGA